AUGUCCUAUAGCCCUGAUUUUGGGUUCAAUUCUACUGACUUGUCUACCCCCGUGCCUUUGCUGUCGCUGUCGCCUCCAACGUGUCCCAUUUCGAACUUUCCCAAAACAUCUAGGUUCUUUGAUAAAUCGGCAUUACCAAGCUUGAAAACGUUCCAAGUCAAGUUUAAAAACUCAACCACUUGUCAGCAGCUUCCCAAACAAGUUUGGUUCAACGGUCAAAACUCAAACUUUAACUAUAACCCGUAUGAUAUCCCCCAGCAAAAACUCAAAGUGACAACUCCUAUUAAUUAUGAUAAUAUACCAUGUAAAUUUAAUAUUAUUCGACCUAUAGAGCAAGAGAAUAAUGAAGUGCCCUUUUUGCAAUUAAACGAAGAAUUGGCAAAAGAUCCUAUUAGCUUGAUUGACAAUUUACUGGAUAUCGGCCAAAAGUACGGUGCCAUAAAAUUGAAACUUCCCGUCAAGGAUCAAUGUCUAUUCCAUUCCACUAAUCAGGUUAAUUCUGACUUAUUUUGGUUUCAAACUACAAAGUUAGUAUCAUCACUAAAAGAAGAUGAGAUAUACACGAGAUUGAGAUUUCAGCAAGACUUGCUAAACUUCCUUACCACAAUCGAGAACAAUAGCACCCUCAACGGGAAGGGAAACAAAGAUAAUGAAAGUCAGAGUCAGAGUCAAAGUCAAAGUCAAAGUCAGAGUCAGAGUCAGAGUCAGAGUCAGAGUCAAAGUCAGAGUCAGGGUCAGGGUCAGGGUAGUGGCUACCACUUAACUAAGCUACCCAUGAUAGAUAAAAGACCAAUAGAUUUAUACAAAUUAUUCCAGUCUGUGUUAGUAAGAGGCGGGUUUGUUGAAGUAGUGAAUAAAAAAUUAUGGGCUCAGAUUGGAAGAGAAUUGGGCUACAAAGGUAAGAUAAUGACCAGUUUAAGUAGCUCACUAAAAGCUUCGUAUCAGAAAUUCUUGUACCCUUAUGAAUUACAUUUAGCGUCGCAAAAGCGAACGCCAACGCCCCAAAGUAGGAAAGAAGAUGUAGAAAUGGUUGAGGAGCUGCUAAGUAAUGGGGAACGGAAACGGAAACAAAAUUUCCAGCUGCAAAAUGAGGAUACUAGUAAGAAAAUAAAACUUGAAAGUAACAACUUUUCUGUACCCUUGGUGAUUGGUUCGGCAAAACAAUUUAAAAGGAAUAUUGAGACAAAAGUGGCAAAGAGGUUCCUAGUCAAUUCUCCCCACUUGGUACACGUGAAACCACCAAACACUUUUACUUUGAAAAACGAAGAGAAGAAGAGGAGUAGACGCAACCAGGAUACAAACUACAUUACAAUUAAACCACAAACUGAACUUGAUUCUUGUUUGUCCUAUAUAGCAAACAGCGAUGACGAUACUUCAUACAGACAACCUUGGAAACUUGCUUCGGUAUAUAGUCUUCGGCAAUUUAUGGAGAAGGAUUUGAAAUUUCAGGAAUAUAUUAUACGACAUGAUCCAUCAAAGUUUUCAGCGGAUACCGCAACUACGAAACUGAUUAAAAUAAAGGAUUUGGAAGAGCUAUAUUGGAAAUACAUUAAAAACGAUGGGUUUGAACAUGGCUCAAGCGUUGGCUUGGAAUUGGAAAUGGGGAAGGAUACACUCAGUUUUACUAGUGGAUCAGGAUUUGUCAAACUAGGCGAUGACUUACGAAACUACAAGAUAGCAUUGAAUAACUACCAACUUGCCCUGAGUGCAAAGUAUACAGGACAGGGAAGGAAUGGUAACAGUUUAUACCUGGAAGAUGGCGGCGAUCUGUCGUCAACCUCAACCACAAUGUCGCUUCAAAACGACCCAGAGUCUAUAAGCCAAACCAUUAAACUGGCUCUAUAUCCUUGGAAUUUGCAUAAUUUUCCCACCCUACCAAACUCAUUAUUAGGAGCAUUAAAUGAAUCGGACAUAAACAAUAAAGAAUUGCUAGAAACAAAGGUUAAUAUCGGAAUGACUUUCAGUACCGAGAAUUGGACAUGUGAAGACCAUUUUACUCAAUUGAUAAAUUACCAUUUUUUUGGAGCUAGUAAGCGUUGGUAUUUUAUUCCCGAGUCUGAAUUUGAUAAAUUUCAAAAAUUGGUGGAAGAAAUUACUUUGGAAAGACAGCAACACAUCUCAAACAUAAACCGUGAGCGUGCUUGUGAUGGUUCAAUGUUGAAGGAUAUGUUGUUUCUGCCUGGUCAAGUGGAAAUCGAUUCAGAUAUGUUGAUGACAACGUUGGAGUAUGCAAUCAACACCAAACACGACGUUAAACUCAAACACAAAAAUAAAAAGUUUGCCGGCCUCAUGUGUAACAACUCCUUUCUUUACAAUCAAGAGUUUGUUAUUGCUCCGGAGAUUUUAGACGCAAACAAUAUUCGAUAUACAACAACAGUUCAAAACCCAGGAGAAUUUAUUGUCAAAUACCCCAAGACCUAUUCUUUUGCUCAAUCGUAUGGAUUUAACUUUACUGAGGAUGUCAAUUUUGCUUCAAGCUUAUGGCUAAAAUAUGCUCUCGAGGGUGAAAAAUGGAUCACCAAGCAAGGUAUACUACCUAAUUUCCUGUUUUUCAAGCUACUUAUUUCUUUAGCUGUCAUGUAUGAUAGCGGCAACAAUAUCUCAUUCAAUUCGGAAGUAUUUGCCAAAGUUGCCAAAUUGUAUGAGCCCCUUUAUUUACAAGAAAUCGAAUUGAGAAAUGAAGUGCGAAAGUUUAAAGUUAAGGAAACUAUGAUCAGCGAAGAAAAAGGGUCGGAUAUUAUUGCGGAUGAUACUUUUGAAACAGUCUACCCAACAAAAGUGGUUCUUGUAGAUCAAAAGAAUAAACAAUCAAUGAUAAUGUCUAUGGAAAGCUUUUUACAGAAUCAAAAGAAGGGAGACUUGUUAAAAGAUUAUCAGGUUGAGUUGCAACUCUAUUACUCAGAUGAAAAAUUAAAGGGGUUUUUCAAAAUCUUGAGCGAGUAUUCGGUGGAUUUUGAAUCAUGGAUUAAAAAUUUCGAGCAAGUUAUGACAGAGGGGCAGGAACUCUCUUUAAAGCAGUACAAGCAGCUACUUUUAGAAGGCGACAAGAUUCAUUCUUGUAUCAUGUCCACCUCCAAAAUCAAUGAUCUGCUGCUGCUGCUGGUCAAUGAGGAAAGGCUCUCUCUAUUUAAAGAAUAUCUUGCUAAUUUGAGAAGUUUUACAAAUCACUCAACUCAGUUUGUUGAAGAUUGUCAAAAUCUACUAUCGCUUAAGCACCAACAACGAAUACGCCAUGCUCAAGAUACCACGACAAGUGAAAGAACAGCCUCAUUGACCGAUUUGAUUAGCUUGGUUGAUCUUAUUCCCAAGUUGAAUUUUUCAUGCCCAGAGAUAGACCAGAUUUUAGAGUACAAAAACGAAAUUGAGAAUUUUGACAAAGCAAGUAGAACCCUUGUAUCGAAAAAGAGUAAAUCGCUACAAGAAUUUGAUGACUUGAUUAGCCUUGGUGAAAGUUUUGGGUUGCACAUACCUUCCUUGGACUUUAUUAUCAGGUUAAGAGAUAGAAUGAAAUGGCUUCGCACAUAUAGUUUGAUUGAAAAGGGGGUUGAUCCAUAUGCAGACCAAAAAGAAGUUUUUACUAUAGACAGCUUAAAAGCUUAUCAUCAAGAAGCAACCAGGAUCCUUUCCAAGAACGAUCUUCCUUAUAUUCUUGAAGUUGAGAAAAUUCUAAACCAAAGCAUUACAUUCAAUUACGAGGUUACGAAAUUCUUGCAGUACAAUUUUGUUCACAAUUUGAAUACCGAAAAGUUGACUGAAAUCAUUGAUAGAUUUAUGAAUGAGAAAUUGUUCAUAUCCAUGGAAAAUUAUACGGAAUUGUCCAAGAUUCACCUCCACUUGAAAUUGAUCAGUCAGUAUAAAGAAAAAUCCUCUCAAAAUCCAAUAACUUAUCCCGAACUAAAACAAUUUUUCCAUGCAAUAACAGAAACCGGGUUGAAAUUUGAUACCAAAAAAUUUGAGUUAGAUUUGCAAAAUGCCGAAAACUGGAUUAGCUCCACGUGGAGACUAUUUGAAAAAUUGAAAAUUUUAACAACCAUGACUAGGAAAGUCAAUUUGGAUAAUGUGAAUCAAAAGCUUACAAUGAAUAGUAAAUUUGUUGAAAAAUUACUUCGGCUCCUCCACAAGUCAGAGUUUAGCUUGUCGCAAGAAGAUAAGUUUGAGAAAUGCUCGUCAUUCUUGAGAUUACAGGGUGAAGCUGAAGAUCCUACAUACUACUGUGUUUGUCGAGAGUAUGAACAUGGCACAAUGGUUGAGUGUGGAAAAUGUAAUGAAUGGUACCAUGUACAAUGUGUUAAAAAUAUAAGUGACACCAAUGCCGAUAGUUACAAAUGCCCCAUAUGUCUAGUCAUUGAAUCCGAAAUAGGCAAGGAUCUGUAUUUGGACUCGCAAAUGAAAGUUGACGAGUUUCGUCGAAUUUAUGAAGAGGGUUCUGCUCUUGCUUGUGUUCCUGUUAACGAAUUAGAAAUCAUGAAGGAAUUAAUCGAUUUACUUGAUGGAUAUACGAGUAGCAUUGAGUCAAAACUUUUUGAUAUAAGCAAAGAAGCGGAUGUCACUAUUCGUCUUGAUAGGUUGAGGUUCGAGUUGCGCAAGCUCUAUGGAUGUGGAGUUUAUUUCGAUGGGUUAUUUGUUCGUAUAUUGAGUCUCUUGAAAGAGACUCAAACAAGUAAAGAAAGGGACUCUGGAAUCGAGAAUGCUGAGUUGAAUGAGGCUACAAAGCCAAAACCAAACUUAAGCAGCGAUGAUGUUUUGAGUUCUAAUGUGGAUCAAGCUAGUGUCAAUGAUGAUUCUUUAAUUACUUCAGAGACUCGUGGUGACAGCCAAACCUUGCUGGUUGUGAAUGAAAUGACCGAAUCAAAGGAUACAACAAAACAGAAAAAGUUACAGAGUCAUGGCAAUACUAAUAUCUCUGAAAUGGCGAACGGGGCUGUUAAAAACAGGCUUGAAAAUAAAGAUGUUGAUGAUGAUAAUGUAUGUGAGAGUUUGCCCAAUAUGGACAACAAGAUGCAUGAUUUAUUGCACUCAUCUGCCAAUGGCGAUACAAAUGGCUCUAUGGUUAAAAUAGAGAAAGUUUCUGAGCCUCAUGAACCACUGAGAAAUGGUUCAAAUGAGAUUGCCAAAGAUGAAAAAGCCUCAGAUUCAAAUGGUAAAGCUCUGUAA